AUGGAGGCUGAGACGGUUUUAGCAGCGAGUCAGGCUUUAGUGCGGCUCAGAAUCCCGAACGUGGGUGUCCUCAGAGCAGAGCAAGCGUUGGAGCUCCUGAGCAGCCAUUGCUGUCGCUGUGGAUGUGGAGGACGGGGCCGGAGAGGCCUUGCAGGCCUAGCCUGGCCCACGGAGCCUGAGUGUGCCCUGAGCAACCUGGAUACUAACAAGCUGGAGGCCAUAGUCCAGGAGAUCUAUGUAGACCUGAUAGAUGAUUCCUGCCUGGGAUUCUGCUUUGAGGUGCACCGGGCAGUCAAGUGUGGCUACUUCUACCAGGAGUUUGCAGACACAGGUAGUGUGAAGGAUUUUGGCAUUCAGCCAGUGCAAGACAAAGGAGCAUGCCACCUCUUGCUUUGCUCCCUUCCUGGAGAACGUGAGGCUGGGCCCCAGUUGGAACUGCAGCGUUCACCUCCGGAAUUCCAGUAG